AUGAGACGAGGUUGGAAGAUGGCUCUGUCUGGGGGGCUGCGGUGCUGCCGCAGGGUACUGUCCUGGGUACCAGUGCUUGUUAUUGUCCUCGUCGUGCUCUGGUCCUACUAUGCCUACGUCUUUGAACUCUGCCUGGUUAUCUACCUCAUAUUCUACCAUGCCAUCUUUGUGUUCUUUGCCUGGACCUACUGGAAGUCUAUCUUUACACUUCCACAGCAGCCAAACCACAAGUUCUACUUGUCCUAUACAGACAAAGAGCGCUAUGAAAAUGAAGAGAGGCCUGAGGUUCAGAAGCAGAUGCUUGUGGAUAUGGCCAAGAAGCUACCAAUUUAUACAAGAACUGGGAGUGGAGGUCAGUUCAUCCAAAGUCAUCUAGAGGGGCCACUCAGCAAAAAUGUCAGAAAGGCUAAGUCACAUACACUGUCAAACUAA